GUCUCUACAAAUGGAGCAAAAGAUGGGCUGGGCGGAAUAAGUAUCUCACUUUUUCAAGCUCAGGAGCAGGAACCAAUCUUGAAAACCACAACAUCAACUGACGGUAGCUUCUCCUUGCAUCCAGUGCAACCAGGAUCUUACAGAGUUAUGGCCACUCAUCCCAGGUGGUUCUUAAGUAAAGACUCAUUGCAGCUUACUGUAAAAAAUGAUGCAAUCACGCUCCAAGACUCUUUUAAACUUGCUGGAUACCAAGUUUCUGGGAGAGUUAUAAGCGAUGGCGAGGAAAUGGGAGAUGUGAGCUUUGUUUUGCUAUCAUCUAAAAAGAAUCCAAAUAUUUCAGCCAUUGGAUGCGAAACAAAAAAUCUUGCAAACUUCCCAAUCCCUAAAAAGGACCUCUUCCCGAUUUGCUUCACAAAAUCUCAAUCAUCCGGCCAGUUUAUGUUUCCAGCAGUGCCUUCGGGUGACUACCAUAUUUUCUCGUACUAUGAAGGGCCAGGGGCCACCAAAUUUGAUGUCCAGCCCUCAUUAUUCAAAUUUAGUGUUGGCAAAGAUAGUUUGCACAUAAACACAGUGUUCCAGGUAACUGGAUUCAGUGUGGAAGGCAAAGUUUUGUCAAAAGAAGCUGGAGCAGCAAUCAAGAACUGUAUAAUUCAGCUGAAUGGCAAGGAUGCAGCCACUACCAAAGAUAAUGGGGUUUUCAUCCUAGAGAGCGUAAACAUCGGUACUUAUCAACUUCAGGUCACAGAUCCAUCUGAGAAUUACUUUUUUGAACCAAAAGAGGUUAAGAUAUCACCGAAUUCUCCAUUUCUACCAUCAAUACACCCAGAUAAAUUCAGAGUUUGCGGAAAAGUUACAUCAUCGCCAGAUGGAGAGAGAGCGCAACGUUUUGUGAUAAUUUCAGCCCAAUCUGAAAUUCUUGAAGAAUUAGAUGUGCGUUCGAACACCCAAAAGUAUUGUGGUUUUCUAUCACCUGGCAGUUAUGAGGUAUCAGUCAAGCUGGGCGAAGUGGAAAGAGCGUCUGGAGUUCAAUACUCACCUCUUACUCAGAAAAUUAGUGUUACGGACAGCCCUAUUUCUAACAUUGAUUUUUCACAGUUGAAAGCAGUAUUACAGGGCUCCAUCAAGUGCUUGGAGAACAAAUGUCCUUUGAUUAGGAUUCUACUUACAUCGAAUAGUGUACCGUCUCUCCAGCGCACCACCAUCGCAGAAGACGGCCACUACAAGUUUGAUGAUUUAAUCUUCGGAGAGUACACCGUGUCCGUGGAGUUGAAUCAAUUUGAUUGGUGUUGGGAAAGCCCAAUUCUGGCCUUAUCAGUGACGAGUGAAAUUGCGACUGCACCAACAUUUGUACACACAGGGAUGAAGAUCACCGUUAUUGCCUCUCAUGAUAUUCAAGGUUCCUAUCGUAAAUUAGGAGGGAAAGUACCUGCAAAAGCUUCCGUGUUAUCAGUCAAAGCAGGAACAUCAAGUUUCUGUCUAGCAAGUAGUGGAGAUUAUGAAUUCGCAUUCAGUGGCUGUCAUGGAUAUGAAUCUAAUAUUAUUGAAUGGAAAAGUGGAUCUGGUCCGUUGACCAUCAAAGCUAUCAAUCACGCUAAUAAAAUUCAAAUCAUUAGCUCAGACAAGACAGAAGAUCUUUACAUGAAUGUUAAUUACAUUGCAGAAAACAAGAUCAUCAAGACAACAAGGCCUGGACCUCUGAAAGCUGAUACUUCAGUCAUUACAGGAAAAUUUGUAUACACGUUGGAGGUAUUCCUGGCUCCUAACGAAGAGAUCGAGUUGGUUCCGGAAUCGAAAUUACUCAUUGUGACACCUUUCUCUCUCCAUGUUUUUGGCAAAGAUCAUUGUUAUCCACCUAUAGAACCAUUUCAUGCGGAAAAAGGUGUAAUCCUGACAGGCUUCAUCACUCCGCCGCUCUCGGGUGUAUCUGUUGUUUUUAAGGAUGAUGAUAGCAAUGUGAUAAACAAGCUGGUGACGGAAGCAGACGGCCGCUAUCAGUUUGGUCCUAUCAAAGCUGGUCUGUCGUAUAAGAUCACAGCUGAAAAAGAGGGGUAUGUCAUAAGUGGUCCAGAUAACGCAGGGGUCUUCAAAGCUCGGAAACUCGCUGAGGUUGCUGUUACAGCGAUUGACAAAAGAACCACAGCUCCCUUACAGGGAGUGCUUAUUUCCUUAUCGGGACAUGAAAAUUACCGCAGUAAUGGACAAACUGAUGCCACUGGAAAUAUCAGUUUUCUUUCAUUAAGUCCAUCUGAGUAUUAUUUAAGACCCAUCAUGAAAGAAUAUCGCUUUCUUCCAUCCUCCAGGAUGGUCAGUGUCAGCGAGGGUGCUACAGCUGAGAUCGUGUUUAGUGGAGAACGUGUUGCAUUUAGUGUAUUUGGUAGACUGGUGGCAUUAAAUGGUGAACCGGAAGAGGGGAUCUCUGUUCAAGCAACUGGUAUUGGAUCACCAGCUUGCACUCAACUCGUGGAAGAAAGCUUGUCUGAAGCCAAUGGUCUUUUUUGUAUUCGAGGUCUUCAGCCACAGUGCGAGUAUUCUAUUGGGAUUGCAAACAAAUCCAAUGAAAAUCAGCAUGUAUCCAAAACCGUACCUGAAAAAUUUUUAGUUAAAGCACUCCUUGACCCUCUAAAUGUCCACCGCAUAAGGGCGUCAUAGCGCGCUUCCUCACUAUGCACAUAAGUAUGGCUCCUUAUAGACCGCAUGCUGGUUGCUGUGCCGUCGAGUAUCUCAAACUCUUCACCCCGUCACCGUAUGUACAUGCCUGGAAUUUACAUGAUAUGCAAAAAUGAUGUACUCUUACCUUGUUUGCUACGCAUAAUUCUGCUUUCAGUCAGUAAACUUUGAUGUUGGAGCAAUAGCCUGUGGGUAAGGUAAAACUUAAAUGGAAGGAAAAGUAUUUUUUUUCCCCCCCACUUCAAAUAGCCUACAAGGGCUAAUCCUGCGCUUCAGUCCCGUCCCCCCUCCGUCCCUAACAACCAGUCCCAAGCAACCAUUAUUUGCGACCAUCAAACUCAGGUUCCCUGGCCGGGAAUCGAACCCGGGACCUCCCGAUCAUAGAGCUAGCGCUACAACCACUAGACCAUAGGAGGCUGACAACUGACAUUUUGAUGACACUUUGAUCCUAAUUAUUGCCCCACAUAGUUGCGCGGUAGUUUUUUUUUUAAUUUAUUUAUUUAUUUAUUUCAAUUUCAACGGGACAAGUCCCAAUUACAUAACACUGAAAUAAAAACAAAGGCAACAAAACAUACUACAAAACGGGCAAAACUAGAACUCGUUCUUUCACCGAAGACUUAAAAUUUGAGAUACUUAGGCCGUAAAAUUGGAUCCAUUCCGUACAGCUGUUUGCAAAAUCUGAAAUUCUGAGAAUAACAGAUCUAUGCUUCCAGAUGACAAUAUGUGAGGGGAUAGCAAAUAGACGAUUUAAGUUUCGCAAAGAUCUCGGAGGAACAUGAAAAUGAAUGUAGCUAAGAAGAGUAGGAGAAUAACUAAAAUUAUUAAAAAGUUUAAACAAAAACAUGAGAUCAUAACAACGUCACAUAGAGACUCGGGGGCAUAAGUUCAGAUGUUUAGCAAUAUCCUCAUAAAAAUGAUCAUGGAUUCCUAUGGGGCUUUUAGUGCGAUAGGAUGCAAACUUUAGAAAAUUGUGGCGAACUUUUUCAAGUUUACAAAUGUUAUGGGAAGUAUGAGAGAACCAAAUAGGAGAAGCAUAAGUUAAAAUUGGUAGCACUAACAACUUAAAAAAAGUGAGAAGAGACUGAACAUCCUGGAAAGACGAGGCAGCUCUUCUAAAAAAAUAGAAUUUUCAAAAGCUUUACCAACAAUAAAAUCAACAUGGUCAUUAAAAAGUAACUUAGGAUAAAAAAUAACUCUAAGGUCUUUCACAUUAUCAAGACGGGGAAUGGCUUCAUUAUUAAUAUGCUAGGAAUAAGUCUCAAUCAGAGGUGACCCUCUACAGAACACCAUGAAGCCACAUUUACCAACAGUAAAGGACAAACCAUUUAUAAGGAACCAAAGUGUAACACUAAUAAUAUCUGACUGAAUGAAAUAUAAGUCUUAUAGGGAAAGAACAGAUCUAUAAAGCUGAAAGUCAUCAGCAAAAAGCAAAAAUUUACAAAAUCGAAUAACAGAACGAACAUCAUUGAUGUAUACUAUAAAUAAAAGAGCACUCAUAUGAGAUCCUUGCCCAACGCCAGAAGAAGCAAGAAAUUCAUGAUAAAGAAAGUUGUUGAUCUUGAUACGCUGUCUUCUGUCUGUUAGAGCAGAGCAGAACCAAUCCAAAAUAGAACCCAUCAGACCACAAGCUUUUAAUUUGGAAAGAAGCCUUCGGACAUUGACAGUGUCAAACACUUUACAUAGAUCAGUAUAAAUUACAUGAGUUUCAUGGCCUUGGGCAAAAUUAUCAGUAAUAUAAUCUACUAGCACUGCCAAGUUAGAAACAGUUGAACGCUUUGGCACGAAACUAUGUUGUUCUUGGAUGAUGUAAGGAAAUAAAUAAGAAGAGACUUUCUUAUUUACAAGAGAAUCCAAUAAUUUAGCUAAAACAUUUUGGACACAAAUAGGUCUAUAAUUUCUAACAUCAGCUUUAUCACCCGAAUUUUUAUUAAAAGGUACAACGUGGCUUUGACGCCAACUAGAAGGAAAUGAACCUGUGCGCAGUGACUCAUUGAAUAAGAAGUAAAGAGGGAAUAAUAUAGUUUCAGAACAUGACUUGACAAAAAAAGGGUGAAGCCCAUCAGGACCAGCGGAUGCAUCAACUUUGAUACUUUCAACUUUCAAGAGACUCAUGCACUUCAGCAAUAGAAACCUGAAUUGAACUAAGAGAAUCAUCCGAGAAAGAUUUGUUGAGAUUAUCUAAGGAAUUAUUAUUGUAUACAGAGGCAAAAAGCUUCGAAAGAGGUUAGUAAUACCGUAACUUGUAUCAGCUUUCUUGUUAUCAAGAUGCAUGACAGAAGGGAUACUGUUACAAGUUUUUGAUUUAUUAACAAAUCCGAAAAAACUUUUAGGAUCUGACUUGACAUUACAUUCAAUUUCAUGGACAAAUUUCUUAAAUUCUUCAGUAUGAAUACGUUUAACCAGGGAUCUUUGUUCUUUAAAUUUCAGGAAGUCAUACUAGGAUCUAGAUUGAACAUAAAUUCUGUGCAGUUUUUUCUUAGUAAUAAUAGUGUGUUUCAGAUCUGAUGAGAACCAAGCAGGAAAUGGGUUUUUUUUUUUUAAGUUUUUAACGGGACAAAAAGGCUUAUAAUGACAGAUAUUUCCUUCAUAAAAACAUUAAGCAAGGUAUCAAUAGAGCCAAAAUUUUCAGAAUUUCAAGCUUUUAAUUUUUUAAUUUUCAGCUUUUUAAUUAUUUGUAGGUCAAUUUACGGCUUUUAAAAUGAACAAGAAUCAAGGGCGUAGAAGGGGCAGGAAGGACAAAAAAGGAAGUAAAAAGCGGUCGGUUAAGGGAUGAAAGAACAUUUUAUCUAUGAAUUACAGUUUUAGUAGCGGUUAAAUACUAAAGCAAAAAUGAAAUUAAUAAAAUUUGCGUGAAUUUUUUUUUUUUUUAAUAAAUGAAAACGAAGUUUGUCUAAUGAGUCAUUUUGUUUCUUUGCACCACAUAGUCUUAAGAGAAUUUUACUACCGGACUCAGUGAUGGAGCGAAACGUUGAGCCUAUAUCAUUAAAAUGACGAGUAAUCUUGCAGGUCUUCAUUUUUUUCUAUUAAAUUGCAGGGCGCCAUCUUGCCCUUUCCAGAAAUCGCCCAUUUAGUAUCACAUCUGGAAAAUGCUUGUAAAAAUAGUAUGUGAUUUAGUUUUGGGCGGGCGUUUAGGCUAUUGAAAGAGUAAAUUUAUGUUUUAACGUUUUGUCUACCAGAUUUUAGAAGGAAUAUUUCCUCAUUUUCUGAAGACAACGCAAUAAAAAUUCCCAAAA